AUGGGGGAAACCACUUGCUUCGGUCGCGUUCGUCGUGCCUUCACUGGUCUCUACACGUCCGGCUGCACUGUAUGGGCAAUCAAUUGCUUCGGUCGCAUUCGCCGUGCCUUCACGGGUCUCUACACGGAGCACAACAUCUACCUGCCGACCGAGAUGCUGCUAGCCAUUACCGGCUUUCACCUGGCGGAUCGCUGGAAACGUCGCUACUGGGUGCGGUGGGCGUUUCAGGCCACGCGACUCAUCGAGUUGCUGCAGUAUCUGAUGUGGGUGGACCGGUUCUAUCUGUCGGUGUUGGAUGCAUCGGUGAACCCUGGCAAGACUCUGCACUGCACCAACGGCUGCGGCUUGCUAACGAUGUGUCUUGUCCGUGUGCUUGUUUUCGGGUGGUACAUGGAGGAUGUCAAGCGAACCACGGACUACCUGCAACGCCAGCGGGAACAAUCCGUACCGAGUGACUCGUACCGCAAGAUCGUCAACUACGCCCUAGUGUGUGAAAGCCUAGGGCUGGCCGACCGGGCGAUGUACUACUUCUCGCGGUCAUAUCGCGAGGAUCUGUACGAGAUCCCUGCCAACAUUUUGGCCUUAGGGCGACACGCGGAGCUAGGCGCGUUUCUGGUGAACUUCGACUUUUCCUUCCGCUGGUCUGCAACCUACAACGUAUCCUUCACGAUAAUGAAUACCCUGCUGAUUGGGCUGUACGAUGAGCUAGCAUGUAUCGCUGCCGACUACGGGCAGCUGUUUGCUGGCAACGCAGCUCCACAACGGCUACGCGGCACAUUCGAUUGGGACCAGCUGGAGCGCCACAUCGCGCGCACCGUUCACCGCCACGAGGUGUUCCAGGGCCAGCUCAGCAACAUCAAACCGUUUCUGCGGACCGCUUUUUUGCUGAUGUUCUACGCGGCCGUCCAGCUUCUGACGCUAGGUGCGUUCAUGAUCAGCGUAAACGGUAUCACCACCUACGGUGUCAUCCUGGUCGGGUUCCUAACUGUGGUCAUAUUCGAGUGCUACUGGUGCUGCCGGUUGGUGGAUCGGUUGAACGAUAUGAACGCAAGCAUUGGAACCCUUUUGUACAGUCUCGAUUGGCCGACGAAGCUAAGGUACUCCCCGCGUGAUGCUAGCCGCUAUCGACAGGCCCGUACCUCGCUCUCGAUCAUUUUCAGCAAAACGCAAAACGGCCUCAACAUCACCGGCGGCGGUAUGUUCGAGAUAUGCAGCGAAGCAUUCGCCAGGCUGAUGAAAAUCUCUUACACGCUGUUGAUGUUUCUCCGAGACACGCAACGUCGCAGUUUCCGCUGA